AUGGGCGAUAGCAAGGGGGCCUCCGCUCUCCUCACCUUCCUGAGCUCCGGCGAACGAGGGCCUAUACCGAGGCGCGGGCAGAUCAAGUCCCAGAUCGCGGCCACGGCGCUCAACUCCAUCGCCGCCGCGCUGGCCAGGGCAGCGGCGCCGACGGCAACCCGCCGCCCGGAUCAGAAACCCAUCUACGGGGAGGGACAACGGGCGUGA